AACUGCAUGUGAACCGAGUAAUUACAGAAGUGCGCGGUGCAGGAAACGGAGAUAUUAGAACACAAGACACCUGGACGAGGCUGGAACAGACGUCCGUCGCGCAGUUCGAUCUAAACCUAAUCUAAUCUAAUUGUGAAAAUGGACAACCUUAUAACGAUUGUAAAUAAGCUGCAAGAUGCCUUCACAUCGCUUGGCGUGCAUAUGCAAUUGGAUCUGCCGCAGAUCGCGGUGGUCGGCGGUCAGUCAGCUGGCAAAAGUUCUGUUUUGGAAAACUUCGUUGGCAAAGAUUUCUUGCCUCGAGGCUCUGGCAUUGUGACCCGUAGACCUUUAAUAUUGCAGCUGAUCAAUGGAGUUACCGAGCAUGGAGAGUUCCUUCACUGUAAAGGCAAAAAGUUUACAAGCUUUGAUGAGAUCAGAAAAGAGAUCGAAGAUGAAACGGAUCGUGUGACCGGAAGUAACAAAGGCAUUUCAAACAUUCCAAUUAAUUUGCGCGUGUACUCGCCGCAUGUUCUCAAUCUUACUCUGAUUGAUUUACCAGGCUUAACAAAAGUGGCAAUUGGUGAUCAACCAGUAGAUAUUGAACAGCAAAUUAAGCAGAUGAUAUUCCAAUUUAUUCGCAAAGAGACUUGCUUAAUUCUGGCUGUGACCCCGGCCAAUACUGAUCUGGCUAACUCGGAUGCGCUUAAGUUGGCAAAGGAGGUGGAUCCACAGGGUGUGCGCACCAUCGGAGUAAUAACAAAGCUUGAUCUUAUGGACGAGGGCACUGAUGCACGUGACAUUCUCGAGAACAAGCUGCUUCCUCUACGCCGAGGAUAUAUUGGCGUUGUGAAUAGAUCACAGAAAGAUAUAGAAGGACGCAAGGAUAUCCACCAGGCUCUAGCGGCCGAGCGCAAGUUCUUUUUAAGUCAUCCUUCCUACCGUCAUAUGGCCGAUCGUCUUGGAACUCCCUAUUUGCAAAGGGUGCUUAACCAACAACUUACUAACCAUAUACGGGACACGUUACCUGGCUUGCGAGACAAGUUGCAAAAGCAGAUGCUUACCUUGGAGAAGGAGGUUGAAGAGUUCAAACACUUUCAGCCCGGCGAUGCCAGCAUUAAAACAAAAGCUAUGCUCCAAAUGAUUCAGCAGCUGCAAUCUGACUUCGAGCGAACAAUUGAAGGCAGUGGCUCAGCUUUGGUCAAUACAAAUGAGCUCUCAGGUGGCGCCAAGAUUAAUCGCAUUUUUCAUGAGCGACUACGCUUUGAGAUAGUAAAGAUGGCUUGCGAUGAAAAGGAAUUACGACGAGAGAUCUCAUUUGCUAUUCGAAACAUUCACGGUAUUCGCGUCGGCCUCUUCACACCCGAUAUGGCGUUUGAGGCAAUUGUCAAAAGACAAAUUGCGUUGCUUAAGGAGCCGGUAAUAAAGUGUGUCGAUCUAGUCGUACAGGAACUUUCUGUGGUUGUGCGCAUGUGCACAGCUAAAAUGAGUCGAUACCCACGUUUGCGUGAGGAAACAGAACGUAUUAUCACAACACAUGUUCGCCAACGUGAGCACAGUUGCAAGGAACAAAUUCUUUUGCUUAUUGAUUUUGAGCUGGCUUACAUGAAUACCAAUCAUGAGGAUUUUAUUGGUUUCGCCAACGCUCAAAAUAAAUCUGAAAACGCCAAUAAAACUGGAACUCGUCAGCUUGGCAACCAAGUUAUUCGUAAGGGUCACAUGGUCAUACAAAACCUUGGUAUCAUGAAAGGUGGAUCACGUCCCUAUUGGUUUGUGUUAACAUCCGAGAGUAUCUCCUGGUAUAAGGACGAGGAUGAGAAAGAAAAGAAAUUUAUGCUGCCGUUGGAUGGUUUAAAAUUGCGUGAUAUUGAACAGGGAUUUAUGUCAAUGUCUAGACGUGUUACAUUUGCUUUAUUUAGUCCCGAUGGACGUAAUGUUUAUAAGGACUACAAACAACUGGAGCUGUCCUGCGAGACGGUGGAAGAUGUGGAGUCGUGGAAGGCUUCCUUUUUGCGAGCUGGUGUCUAUCCCGAAAAGCAAGAGACUCAGGAAAACGGGGAUGAGGAAGGACAAGAGCAACAAUCGGCCAGUGAGGAGAGUUCCACCGAUCCACAGCUGGAGCGGCAGGUGGAGACCAUUCGCAACCUGGUUGACUCGUAUAUGAAGAUCGUUACAAAGACCACGCGCGACAUGGUGCCCAAAGCAAUUAUGAUGCUCAUAAUUAACAAUGCCAAGGACUUUAUCAACGGAGAACUUCUGGCACAUCUCUACGCGUCUGGUGAUCAGUCCCAGAUGAUGGAGGAGUCAGCCGAGUCGGCCACCCGGCGAGAGGAAAUGCUGCGUAUGUACCGCGCCUGUAAGGACGCAUUGCAGAUUAUAGGCGACGUAUCUAUGGCAACUGUGUCCCAGCCAUUGCCUCCUCCAGUUAAAAACGAUUGGCUACCCAGUGGCCUGGAUAACCCACGACUCUCCCCUCCAAGUCCGGGUGCUCCCCGUAAGCCAGCACCUACCGCACAGGGCACCAUGGGUGGACGGAACCCACCAUUGCCACCGGCUUCAGGUCGCCCAGCUCCAGCGAUUCCGAAUCGCCCAGGAGGUGGUGCACCACCACUACCUGGCGGUCGUCCCGGAGGAGCUCUGCCCCCACCAAUGCUACCAUCACGUCGUUAAAUUGUUGUCAGCAUCGAGAUACAUAUGUACGUCUAGGGGAUGAACCUUCAAAAAGUAGCUUGCUGACGAUUUAACCAACACAGUACCCAAUUCUACUUUCAACAAUUGAACUUUGAUAUUAUUCCGGCAAAAUCCAAAAUAACAACAACGAUGGGAAAUCGAUACAUUUAAAUCGCUUGCGUAUUAUUGUAGUCAAUAUAUAACCUGAAAGCGUUAAAACUGAUAUAAAUUCUUAAUAUGUGAAAAGCAACUAGUCGAGAUGCACAUGAUUUCUUUAAUUCCAUAAGAUGUUUUUCGUAAUGUCUACUUUCCUGUGUAGAUAUACAAUAUAUGUACAAAUGUAUGUGCAUUUGUUCGUGCAUGUCUAAUUAUUAUUUUAUGUCCCUUUAUCAAUGGCAUACGCUCAAAAGUUAUGUAACUAUUUGUAUGGGCAGAUGCUUAAUGGCGAUAUUAACCAAUUAUCUUAAUUAUAUAGCUAACUAUUAAUAAAUAGCUUUCGUUAACUGCAUUGUGUUGUUGUUGAUGUUAAACUAUAAAACCCAAUUAAAUUAGAAAAUGUUAGGUAAAGCAACGUUAAAAACAUUUAAGGUCAGUCACAAAGUAUUUCCUUGAACUUACGAAAACAAAAAAAUAGUAAAAAAAAGCCCCUCCGAUUAAUUAAAAAAGUUAUUGGGAUUAUUGGGACUCAAACUGAUUAAGUAAGAUUUGCUUUGGUUUUUCUGAUCUGCUAAUUUUUAAUGCUGACCAUAAAAAUGGGCAAUAUGAAUAUGCAGCCUGGUGAAAAUUAGAAACUUAUUAAUUAUUGCUUUUCUUCAACUAUUUUUUCACUGUGAAGAUUUUAUUACUUUUUAAUGCUAUUUCUGUAAGAAAAAUUAUUUAUUCCCAUUCCGUUUAAGAUAGUCGGAAGUUAAUUACGCUGUCCCGUUUCCAAGAAACGAUUAAUUUACACGAUUAAGUUGUAUUGUCCAUUCCGUGAAUAUUUCUAGGUCUUUGUUUAAGUUUCGGCAAUUUAAAAAAACGCCGACCAAGACAAAUAUCAGAAAGUUCGAAUAUAAAUCAAAGGUCACUUCCUAAACUGAUUUUUAUGACAGCAAAAAAGCUAAUAAAAAAUAUUUGAAGAAAUACAUAUAAGAUGUAUAAAACAAUUUUUUUUUAAAUCCAAAAGAAAAUAAAUACAACAUAAGCUGUGAAUGAAUAUCGCAAAGAUUUUUUAAGUGGUUUGUAUCGAUUUCCUCUUAAAUAAAAAAAUUAUUAGCAUAAGCAGCUGUGUGCAGAAUAAUAGCAGAGCCCUUAUUUUUUUUUUGUAUACUUUUGACGUUAAACCCUUUCUUGCCAUGUCAACCCAAAAGUACUGUUGUCUUUCAAUAUAUAUUUAUGUAAAAUGUAUUAUUUUAAUGUUGAUUACAAAUAUAAGUCAUGAAAAUACUCUUGUGACUUACUCAAAUGGAUUGUGACGAUGGAAAUAUGAAGCAAAUUAUAUUACAUAUGACCAGUUUACGUAUACACAAAUAAAGUGCAUAAAUAAAUACAUAAAUUGUUCGUAUUGCA